AUGCAAUCCGACUCUCAGGCGCUUCCCACUGCUGCCACCCACAACUCGCCCCAGAACUCGCAAUCAACCUCCMAACAUGGCAUUCAUGACCGCGACCCCGCAGCCUCCCUGCAUCGCGCAGCGGACGGCGACGACACCACCACCGCCGAGCAGUCCGCUCUCGACGCCGCGCUUACAGCAUCCCUGCGCGACGUUCCCGAGGAGACUCGGGGAUUGAGGUCCCGCGCACGAGAUACGCCAUCGCCGCCCGCGUACAAUCGAAUCACCGAGUAUGAGCAGGCUGCGACGCCUCCGGUACGAAAGAGAGAAGGACCUGCUUUUGAGGUCAUCAAAAAGCCACGAAACCCAAGCGACAAGCGCUCUCCUAUCCAGGAAUUGCCGAAUGAGAUCUUGACACAUGCUCUAGCACAUCUCACGCCGACGGACUUGGCGUCGGUGUCUUCCGUCUCGAAGCGCUUUCACGAUCUCGUCACUGGACCGCACGCAUGGCGGACUGCCUUUGCGCAUUACUUUCCAGGACCGGACUCCAUCAACGCAGAGCUGAACGACGAUGACAAUGCACAAGCGGUGGUGCGCUCGGAGAAGCGCGCAUUUACGCGUCUUACAGCGCUGGCAUCGUGGAGAAGCGAGUACAUCAUGCGGACGCGACUAUUGCGUUCCCUCGCUCGAGGAAAACCCGUCCAGGCUCCGUCCACACCGCCGACUGCUCGAUCAGGACACGUAUUGUCUACCGCGCCUAUCGUAAUGUACAACUCGCAACUAUUCACGACCAUCAACCACCUCCAUGCUGCCUUCGGAACUGGCUUGAACAAGCGCUUGCCACGAUUCAUUCAUGGCGCUGACGAUGUAGGAACCGCCACCAGCAGUGAUCCUUCAACUGUCAAGGUAGACAGUUGGGGUCUAUCUGAUCCGCAAUUCUUCUUGCAAUUCGCCGAGCGUUUUCCCGGAGAUUCACAGUAUGGGCUCGGUCCGGGAGAGAUUGUUGGAGUGCCGAAUGUGAUGGAUGUCAGCCAGCCGUAUGGGAUGGUUGUCGGAGAAGGAUCACCAGGUGGUAUGACUUACCAUCGCUCCACUGACGAGAUGCGUGGCCGCUUCUUAUCAUUCUCCUCUGCGAUGUCUGCCCCAGAGAUUGGAAUUCCUAAGAUCACCUCCACUACUGAAGCCGUCACUGCAGUGUGGAUCGCCAAAUCUAACGCCAUUCCUUCACUCACAGAAGGUCUGAUUGGUAUCUUGUCCGGCUCCUCCUUGGGAGUACUUACAGCAUACAGUCUCGGAUCGACCAACGGCACCAAUAACAAUCGUGACCAGCGAUUUGGUAGAGGAGAAGUCACGGCUCGUUGGGUCUUGAGUCCAGGUGUGCCUAUUAUUGCCAUCGCAAUCGACAAUGACUAUUCCUUGAAGCGAUAUGCUCAAAAUCGCAUCUGGGCGGUCGUCCUCAACGCACUUGGGGAGGUAUUCUAUCUAACCAAAUUUCCGAAGCGGCCUCACAUGGAGAGAGGCACUCAAAUGGAUGACGAGUCUCUCGAGCGCACCGCCUGGCUUACGGGCAGGUCUGUAUACUGGAACGCCGUAGAAUCGAGCAGACGCGUUGCGAAGAUUGACCCGUAUGCGGACUCCUCCGUGGAUGGCAGCUACUCUCCUCGAUCCUCCUGGAACGGAAUGUGUCUGAGCAAGGGUCAGGUCCAAGCCGAAACGCGCGAGAUUGAAACCUUUGCUACUCGAAAGCCGAAAGACUUCCAGAAGAUCUGCGCGGGUUGGGACAUGCGCAGAAGGCUAGAGGUCGACUUCGCCGGAGACGAUGGAAAUAAUGCUGGUGAGAAUGUGACUGUCGUGGAAUGUGGACUGGAAGAAGAGAGCUUGUCCGCCAUCAAGCGUUACAGUCGCUGCCGUAUCCAGGACAGGAGUUCAGCCGAGACGUCUUCCACACCACCUCUAACGACAGCGAGCACAGAAUCCACCAGCCCGCCCUCUCUCUUCGGUGGUUCAUCGUCCCCAGUGCUUGCGCCUGCGCCCUCCUUUUCGUUCGACCGACUGGAAGACUCUCUUUCCCAAGAAGACUUCACCGGUUCGAUCACUCCACGUCCCAUGAGGGAAGAGUGGCGGACGACAGGUUUCUCGCUUGGUGGCUUGAAGAAUGUGCAGAUCAUGGCAACUGCCAUCGACAACUCAACAUUCGCAACCCAGACGCUGUCGGAGGACCCGCUUCUCGGCUUCUCCGGUCGGUCCAAUGCCUCGUCGCCAUCAUUGACGCCAAUGUCAGCGGCUGAAAUUAGUGUCGAUCCGGCCGAUGUGCCAGGCCAGCGUGCCCGUCUGUUCGCAGUGGGCACCAAGCUAGGCGUCGUGCUGCUGUGGAACAUGCGCGGGCCAGUCUCGCGGUCAAUUGAGAACACUAACUCUCUCGAUCCGGUGCGCAUCAUCUACACGGACUCUCCUCAGAUAUCGUGUCUAGCGCUGUCCUCCCUAUACAUCGUUCAUGGCGGGAAUGACGGGCUUGUGCAGGCGUGGGAUCCCCUGGCCUCCGACACACAGCCUAUCCGGACCCUGAACUCGAAGUACUCUUCUCGAGCGCGGCGCAGACUGGUGCAAGCUCAAGCGUCAGCCCAAGGUGUUGGAAUCAACAUGUAUGCCGCUGGCGCGUUGUGCCUCGAUCCCGACUCCACUGUGCUUCGAGGCAUGGUCUCACUCGGUAAUCAGCUUCGUUAUUGGUCGUACAGCUCAUCUGCGGCAGACCAGUACAAGUCUCACRAGCGUCGCCUCCGUCGCUCCGAAAGAGGCAGCAACAACGGCGGCGAACGUUUCUCGGGUGCGACUAGGAGCAACUUGAAGGAUUACAUCGCCAAUGAACAGUUCGAACUCGAUCGUGAAAAGCAACAACGGAAGAAAGACGCGCAGCGCUUUGCGGGCCGCUUUGGAACGCAACUUCUGGACGGUAGUGAAGAGGAGAUGAUUGCUUAUGCGGCGAUGUUGAGCCAGGAGACGCUGGAGCAGGAGAGCAAGCGCAGAGCCUCCGAUACGAGUACUGGUACUAGUACAGUCGCCAGCAGCACUGACCAGAGUCAGUGGGCUACUGCUGAUCCUACUCCUGCCGAAACCCCUCCAGAUCGCCAGGCCAAUAGCAAGACCGACGAAGAGCUUGACGCAGAAAUUGAAGAGGCGAUUCGGCUGAGUCUUGCUACUUCCCCUGGAGGUGGGUACGAGAUUCCCAUUCGCCAUGCGAAGGCGAAGGGGAAGGGUAGAAAGUUCUCAUCUGCGAAGCCUUCACCCAUGACCUCGCCCUUCUUGACUGGCUCGAGCAAGGAUGCCGAACUGCAGAGUGAUAUGGAGUUUGCAUUGCAGUUGAGUCUUGCCGAAGAGCAGAGUCGCAGGGAUGUGGGUGGGAAAGGUGGGGAGGACUUCGAGGGGAAGGGAAAGGGGAGGAUGUGA